AUGCGUCCAGGCGCCCAUCUCGUGGCUGCAGCGCGCGUUUACUGCACCGUUUGCGAGACGAGCUGCUGCUGUGCGAGUGUGACCGAACCGUUGCUGCGCCGUUUGAUGUCUCCGCACCGUGCUAGUGGAAAUCCGCGCAUUAGUCUGUACGCAGUUCUGGGACUUUCCAGACACAAGAAUGCAAGAGGUUUGCAGUUGGACGCUGGGAGAUUUGAGGUCGCACGUGCGGUCGACUGGCGUCAAGAGCCGUCGAGCUCGCUAAAUUGGCCCGCCGAAGCCGUGCGGAUAGUCUCCGAGAGCGGGUGCCGUUGCCAACCACACAAGACAGGUCUAGCGAGGGAGGGAAGCGAGACUAUUGUCAAUGACGAUCCGUUCUGGGCUCAUUGUGUGCAUCGUGUUGGCAGCGCUGUGUUGGCGUUGUCGUUGUCGGUAUUGCUGACUGUCUGGCGCAGGCCGGCACCACAGCAACAACGGCAGCGGUCGGCCACCACGUCGCCAGAAGUGCAGCCGAUCUUUGCUAGACGCCCGGCUGAGAUGCCCAGUCGGGCCAGGAUGGGCGCUGAGCUCGUGGUCGACGUUGGUGCUGGAGGCGUUGGGGCAAUGAUUGGCACAGGCAUUGAUGAGCCACGAGAGACCAGGAAGCGACCAGGGAGCGCCGGCUCUGCGCCUGGGGGCCACUCAUGGCGACGCUCGCCACCAGCGGGCGUCACUGGGCACGAUCGUCGAGAGAGGGAGCAGGCUGGGUCCGCGCCGCCGUCUGCCGCGUGA